AGCCGACUUUGUUGCUCCCAAAAGGAAAUGUCAGUUAGGAGCAAAUAGAUCACAAUCACACACCAAGGACAAAAAUUAUUCCAUGGCUGAAUUAUUACACUGGAAACACUUUUCAAGACCUAUUGAAGAUUCUAAACUUGAGGAUGACAUACUGAGGUUGUGUGCAGAAGAUGUCGACUUUGUUUUUCAAACGGAGACAAACUGACGGGUUGUUUAACAAAUUCACAACCAAAGGUUUUCUCGCAUCGUUUGUCUUGGUUUUGUGGAGAAUUCAAGCAAGAUUAACGUGAGAAUUUAUGGCUACAGAGAAUGGGAGAACUGAGAGAAAUAUUGACACAAGAUUGGAACUUCACAUUCUGCAAUACACUUUGAGAAUGGCAACAAUUACAAAAGAUCAAAUUGCAAAUUAUACUCAUUAUCUCAUCAAAAUUGCCCUGUUACCUGACUCUAGGCCUGGGUUUUUCAGCUUUACUGAAACAAAGGAGGACUAUUCUAUAACAUUGGAAGAAAAAGCAUUUCAAGAGCUUCCUAAAAGUUCUGGCCUCUCUUGUUCGGAUUGUUUAUGGAACGUUCUUACAGUGUCUGCUGGUGCUAUGGACUGCACAGGAUAUGCCAUGGGGAUAAGCAAGAUAGUUAACUCAAUCAUUGUCCCAUUAGCUGACAAUGGUGUUUCUCUUUUUUGCAUGUCAACAUAUCAAGGAGACUUCAUCUUGGUAAAGCAACAGGAUUUGGCAAAUGCCAUUCGUUGUUUGAGUGGAAAAUUUAAAAUAUUUGAUGAAGCUGGUUAUCACAAUCUUGCCCCGGGAAUGAAGUGUUUUGAAUCACGUGUGGAUGAACAUCAAUCAGAUCGCCAAAGUCACCCGUUGAUUCAUUCCACCACCAGCCCUUUGAACCAAUUCCACGUUAUCAGUCUGAACAGUCAGCAUUUUCAGUCCCUAAUACCAACUCUUAUUGAUCUCAUGUUUUACUCGAGAUCACGCACUCCGCCAUCUGAGGGAUACGAAACGUUUUUCCAUUUCUCUUUGGUUGACGGAGAUCUGUCAGUCGUUCUGGAUGAUAAAGAUUUAGCGAGAAUACCGAGUAACUAUUUCUACACCAGUUCGUCUCGGGAGCAAUGGAGGAUCAUUAAAAUCGGAGAAUAUCCACUGGGAUUUGACGAGUACGGGGUGGUCGCUCAGAUUGCUGAACCGCUAGUGGAGGCAAAAAUAACCACCUUUUACAUAAGUUCGUGUCAUCUUGGAAACACAUUGGUUCCAGAAGAGGACCUCGUCUACGCACUGGAUAUACUAAAUCAACGCAGGAAACAGGCGCAGGUCGCUGACAAUUGAACCCUUCCCACCCGCAUGCAGGUAAGACGUAUAAUUACCUGACUGAAAUAGGACGUGUGCUGCCUUCCCAGAAUGCACCGUGUAUCACGCGCGAUCAAGAACACGUCUAACUGCGAGAUAUCAAAGACGUUAACAGAGUUACUGACGUAGAGGUUUCAAAAUGCAAUGCACGAAGAUUUGAAAAGCAAGGGCUUGACAUGCACUGAUGAUAUAAAGUACUUUUCUGCAUUCCAGUUAGUCGUGAAUGUCGUGAACAUGUCAAGGUGGCUGAUGUGAUAGAAUAUCUCUAUGUGUGUGCUGUCAACAAUGACCGAUUUGAAUGCAGAAAUAAAGACAAACUUAUACAUCCGGACUAUUUCUCAUCGGUGAAAAUGACUUGUUCACGACAGUUACUAUAUUGAGUAGAAACCAGGCCAAAGGCUGGGGAAAGACCUAUGGAGUAUAGAAAGA